AUGAUGACGACUCUUCAUAACGAUAAUGACAGGCGUCUGGCGCAGGAGCCGGGCUUUAAUCACUAUGUACCAGCGCCCAGCACGCAGCAGCCAGCGCCGGCCGCCGUAUGUAUUGUGUGUAGCGGACUCCGGAAUAAUUCGCGUUUUAAACAACGAGCGCGGAAUAUUUCCCCAAUGAUUAAAGAUGGAGUGACUUCUCUCCUCGCCGCCACCACUCCAUUAUGA